AUGCCGGGCUCAACUGUCGAAAAGGAGUAUCGGCGCCGGAUUGCUGCAAUCAACGCGGUUACCGCUUUCUGUGAUGUGGAAGAGGGAUCACCCACGAGGCGACCAAACAUUACGCAGAAACGUCGCGCCUUGGAUGUCUUACCGUCUGCUCCCCCUGCGAAAAGGCAAGAAUCCACUUCAUUUGAGGAACAAAAGACCACUCUUUCCCAAGCAAUUGCGUCUGUCUGCAUUAAAGCUCGGCGUGAACGGCCGAACAUUUGCUUUCUUUGCCUGGGAAAUCCUCGUAUGCCGGAACGUGAGCGAGUCAAAGACUUUGGUACCCCUGGGUCCCUCGGCCGUCACUUUGUUGACUUUCACGCCAUACGAUAUCCGAAAGACAUGCGGGUCAAAUGCAGCAUCUGCAAGGAAGAGCUAGAGAGUAAGUCGGCAUUGAUGAACCAUGCUGAGAGAGUGCAUGGAACUGUAUCACGUCGGCCGUUGUCUGCCCUUGGCCCAAUUUAG